AAAAAAAAAUAUUUACGAAUUUUAAAAUUGGUUCUUUUGUGAACAACUAAAACUAAAAUUGCUGCUACUGCUACUAGGAACACAACCCUAGUGGGUUCUGUCUGAAAAUGGUGAAAGAGAUGCAGAGAGUUCUCGAGUUCUACAGUGGAAUCGGCGGCAUGAGAUACUCUUUGAUGAAAGCACAAGUAAACGCGGAAGUAAUUGAAGCAUUUGAAAUUAAUAACAUUGCUAAUGAUGUUUAUCAACACAACUUUUCUCAUCGUCCUUACCAGGGAAAUAUUCAAUGUUUAACUGCUACUGAUCUAGACAAAUAUGGUGCCGAUGCAUGGCUCCUUUCCCCUCCCUGCCAACCUUACACGCGACAAGGUCUUCAGAAGGACACUGGUGAUGCACGGGCAUUUUCUUUUCUUCAGAUUCUUGAGCUCAUCCCAUUCUUAUUGCAGCCUCCAAGUAUGUUAUUUGUGGAAAAUGUUGUCGGAUUUGAGACAUCUGAUACACAUGCAAAACUGAUUGAAAUCCUGGAAAAAACAAAUUUUAUCACACAGGAGUUCAUUCUGAGCCCUUUACAGUUUGGAAUCCCAUAUUCUAGGCCUCGUUAUUUUUGUCUGGCUAAGAGGAAACCGUCAUCUUUUCUAAAUGGUUGUUUGAACCGUCAGCUAAUUCAAUCUCCAAGACCAUUAUUUGAGCAUUUUAAUACAGCUCCAAAGGAAGAUGAUUUAUCACUAGAGGACAGUCAAAAUUUGUUGCAGUCAUGUCAACCUAUUGAGAAAUUUCUCGUAUUGAAGAAUCCUAACAGCGAUACAAAUGUUGAAUCUGCGGCUUCAACGACCAGUCUGUCUAAUGACACUUCUAGAACUUCAGGGACAGAUAAUGAUCAUGAAUAUGACACUUUAGACAAGUAUUAUGUUCACCCAAGCCUGUUAGAAAGGUGGGGGAGUGCUAUGGAUGUUGUCUAUCCUGAUUCAAAGCGCUGCUGCUGUUUCACGAAAAGUUAUUACAGAUAUGUGAAGGGAACUGGCUCCCUUUUGGCUACUGUUCAGCCAGUGAAGAGGGACAAAACAUCACUCAAGGAGCAGUGUCUUAGAUACUUUACACCGAGAGAGGUUGCAAACCUACAUUCUUUUCCUGAAGAUUUCGAGUUUCCAGAACACAUUAGUCUCAAACAACGGUAUGCAUUGCUAGGAAACAGUUUAAGCAUAGCUGUUGUUGCUUCCUUACUUCAGUAUCUUUUCACCGAAGCUUAGUGAUUUUUCAAUCGCAAUAUUUACUCAACAGAAGCAGAAAGUUUCUACCCGUGCGUAUCAUGCAACGAUAGUGAGAUCAUGUAACACUGUGCCCGUAAGUUGUUAUUUCAAACAUGGCAGUCAAACCCUUGCACGAGUUUGAAUGUUUUCACUGCAAAAUUUUGUAACCAUUCUUUUUCAAAUUGAUUAAUAGGCGAGUGCAUGAAAAAUGUAAUUUAAAGUUUGUAACAGGUGAGUGUGAGAAAAAUGUAAUUUGAAGUUUGAUGUAUUGAUGAGUACACUAGCAUUCUGAUAAUUUAUAAUGCACAAUUGAAGGUAAAAGAAAAGUGAUUUACUUUUUAGAACUAA